AUGAUCAGCUACGGAGUGGAUUCACUAUUACUUUUCCUCAUGAGUAUAUCCGCCGACCAGGUGGUGGCUCAGUACCCUCCGAAAUUUACAAGGGGUGCCCAACUGGGUUUCUAUCUUGCAUUGCUGGUGGGUGCAUUAUUCUGGGGUAGCACAGCCGACAUUAUAGGCCGGAAAUGGGCCUUCAACUUUUCUCUGUUCACUAGUGCCAUCUUUGCCAUCACUGCUGGGGCCGCGCCAAAUUACUCGGCCUGGGCUACGUUAGUCGCAAUUUCAGCUUUCGGCUCUGGAGGAAACUUGGUGCUGGACACCACCGUCUUCUUGGAAUAUCUGCCCUCAAACAAGCAAUGGCUCCUGACACUUCUAGCCGGUUGGUGGGGAGUUGGGCAGACCGUGGCUGGGUUGGUUGCCUGGCCGUUCAUGUCAAACUAUAGCUGCCCCACGGAUGGCUCUGUCCCGUGCACCAACGCUAACAACAUGGGAUGGAGAUACCUAUUCUACACCUGCGGAGCUCUGGUAUUCGUCCUGAGUAUUGCUCGAGUACUUGUCAUCCGAUUCCACGAGACCCCCAAGUUCCUUCUCUGCCAAGGCAUGGAUGAAGAGGUUAUUCAAACGCUCCAGAAUCUGGCUCGGAAGCAUAAUCGACCUUGCAAUCUCACCUUGGAGCAACUCCAGGCCUGCGGCCAAAUCCAUAGUGCCCAUGCCGAAAAUAAGGCCUCCCUGUCUGAGUUGGUUGUUCACGUGAGGGGACUGUUCUCGACCCGAAUUAUGACCCUUUCGACGUCGCUGGUGUGGUUUUCAUGGGCACUAAUUGGGCUAGGUUAUGCUUUGUAUUACGUUUAUCUUCCUGAGUACCUGGCUUCUCGAAACGCCUCGGCAGGUGAGACGUCCCCGUAUCUCACCUGGCGGAACUAUGCAAUCACCAAUCUCUGCGCCAUCCCGGGCCCUAUAAUUGCAGCAUUUAUGUCCGAGCUUCCCAUACUUGGAAGAAGAGGAACGAUGGCCAUUGGCGCAUUCAUCACAAUGGCCUUCUUCUUCGGCUAUACUGCUGUCCGCACAAGUGCGCAAAACCUGGGAUUUGCCUGUGCGAUAUCGAUUACAAUCAACAUGUACUACGCCACGCUUUACGCUUACACCGUGGAGAUCCUCCCGUCCGCGCAUCGAGGCACUGGCAAUGGCAUUGCGGUUGCACUUAAUCGACUGAUGGGUAUGGUAUCGGCAUUGAUUGGUGCUUUUACGUCUACAGCCAGCUCAAUCCCAAUUUACAUUUGUGCUGCUCUUUUGGGGAUGGCUGGUGCUCUCGCUGUGUUAUUCCCGCUCGAGUCUCGCGGGAGACACAGUAUUUGA